ACUGCUGAUGUGGGAUGUGGAGGCAAUCUUUAUUCGGGAAGGAGGAAGGGGCCGUGGUGGAGGACGAGGAGGAGGUUGCAGCCGAGCUGCCGGUGUAUGUAUGCCACGGAGGUGGAGAUGCCAGCACUGAUAAAUCCAGACGCAGUGACUCAAGUAUUCACUCGAGACGACAUGGAUGGGAAGGACAAUAUGGACGCGGUAGAUGUUGGCCUCGCGGAAGAAAGAAUUACGAAUGCAGAUGAAAUGUGUGAGGAGGAAGAAGAGGAGUAUCUUACGAUUGGGAUUAUCUUGGCACCAUUGUCGUUGAAGAUGACGGUGAUUGACGGUGAUACAGGAGCUGCUCUCGAAUUGCCAUAGAUCUGACCGUCUGUUGAUUCUCUUGGGCUAUCAUUCGCGAGCCUUUCAAAUUUGAGAUCUGUGACUUCAAUGAAGCUGAUAAAGGUUUUCGGAGAGAUUUCAGGCCUUGAGAUUUCGUUAAGGGUGUCUGUACAUUCUUUUUCGAUUGUAACUGUUUCCUCCCUCUUUAUUCCAGCUCGUAACGGUCACAGGAAGAUUGUCUUUGCGGUCCUGCAAUGACUUUCCUUUCUUAGCACACAUCAGGAUCAGCAGAGAAGCCAUUUCGAAUUAAAAUACACAACAAUAAUCUUUGGACAAACUGACUUGAAGUAAUGAUGUUGACAAGGAUUAGCAGAGGACACAGACUUCAAGAAGUAUCCCCUAGAAGCUCAACAAACAACGAACAAGAUCUUGAUUCGAAAUGCGAUCAGAGGUCAAGAAUUGCAUCAUCCUUGGCAG